AUGGCUUCAUCAUCAUCAGUAUCAUCAUCAGUAUCAUCAUCAGUAUCAUCAUCAUCAUCAUCAUCAUCAUCAUCAUCAUCAUAUUCUUAUUCGUCGCCUGAUUUCCAAGGUGACCACACGCAAACAGUACAUUCCGCUCUGCACAACUUUGUUUCACAGACGCCACGGAAACAUCACUAUCGCAAGCCCAAGAAAGUUCCGACUGUGGGAAUCUUCAGUCAACCCUUUUAUGAUGAUGAUCAAGAGUAUCAGAUUCCACCCAAUCACACCAUGAUUGCCGCUUCCUAUGUCAAAUGGCUCGAAGCCGGUGGAGCAACCGCGAUUGCUAUUCCAUACGACGCUUCUCCACAAAAAGUAAUCGAGAUUGUGAAUUCUGUGGACGGAAUCUUAUUUCCAGGUGGCGACAGUGCACUGCCGGACACGGCCAAACAAGUUUGGGAUCUCCUCUACCAACCAGCAGCAAAACAUGAUAAUGAUGAUGAUGAUGAUGCAACAACAACGACGGCAUCCUUUGCCAAACCCUUGUGGGGGACGUGUUUGGGAUUUGAAUGGAUUGUCAAACUAGCUUCCGGGAAUUCAUCCAUCCUUGAAAGUGACUUUGCCGCUAGUAAUGUUAGUUUGCCACUGGAGGAGGUCAAACAGAUGGAACUCUACACCUCCAUCAUUUACGAUAUUGUGACGGAGCUGCCAGUGACCAUGAACAAUCAUCACCAGGGAAUCUCUCCACAAGUAUUUCGAGCAACGCCGUCGCUAGCGGAGCACUGGGAAAUCUCCUCUACCAAUCACGAUUUGUCAUUCCGCAACAAUAACGACGAGUCGAAAGAAACAUCAUCGUCGUCGACAGUACCUCGGAGACUCCAACCGGGGGGUAAUCGCAACAGCAACAGCAACAACAACAACAACAACAACAACAACAACAACAACAACAACUAUUACUACAACCUUGACAAGGAUAAUCAGGGCGGCAAACAGUUUGUUUCGACCAUAGAGCCCAAGGAUCCCGAUAGGUUCCCAGUCUAUGGUGUCCAAUGGCAUCCCGAAAAGAAUGCCUUUGAAUAUGCCACCACCACAACCACCAAAACAUCGGGGGACAAGUUUCCUUACGAAGACAUUGAUCAUUCUGCGGAAGCUAUUGCUCUGACACAUCAUACGUCUUCCUUCUUUGUAAAGGUGUUGCACAAGCACAUGGAGCGAAACAACAACGAACGGUCAGUUGAAUAUUCGUAUCCGUCCAUUUACAGUUAUCCAAUGCAGCUGGGGAAAAAGUUUGAACAGAUCUUCAUCAUCCCUCCGUCGAAGGAUUUAUAG